CUGACGACAGCGGCCUGGGCGCUCGGAGGCGGUGCUGUGGGGGCUUUUUCAUUUCUCGGCAACAAGGAAGAACGAAAGCCGGAAUUUCAGGAAUCGUGCGUUCUUUCCAAAGCGUAACAGAGGUGCAUCGUCUCCUUUUCCCUCUAGAGAUUGGUGAUGGCAUUGGUGAAAAGUGGAUGGCUGCUCCGACAAAGUACUAUAUUACGACGCUGGAAGAAAAAUUGGUUUGAUUUGUGGUCUCAUGGCCAUUUAUUAUUUUAUGAUGACCAACAUCGGCAUGAUUUAGAAGAUAGAAUUCACAUGAAAAUUGACUGUAUCAAUAUCAGAGGGGGAAAUGAAUGCCGAGGUUUCCAGCCCCCGGAGGGUAAGGCUAAAGAUUGCGUGCUGCAGAUAAUUUGCCGCGAUGGGAAGGUGCUCAAUCUCUGUGCAGAAAGUACUGAUGAUUGCUUGGCUUGGAAAAUUGCCCUUCAGGAUGCCAGAACAAAUGAGGCUUAUGUUGCUUCGGAAGUGAUGUAUGAUGACAAUGCAAUUUCUUCAGCACCUCCUCCAUACACAGCUUAUGCAACACCAUCACCUGAGGUUUAUGGUUACCCACAAUACAAUGGUGCAUAUCCAGGGACUCAGAUCAUCUAUACUUCUAAUGGACAGACAUAUGCUGUACCUUGCCAAUAUCCAAACCAAGGACCCUAUGGCCAGCUUCCUGCAAACCAUGUCAUCAUUCGAGAACGUUACCGAGAUAAUGAUGGAGACCUGGCAUUGGGCAUGUUGGCUGGGGCAGCAACAGGAAUGGCCCUGGGCUCAUUGUUUUGGGUAUUUUAGGUUUCCUUUGGAGCUUCAACAUGAGGGAGGUUCUUACUAUCUUCUGUGUAUAAUAAUAUAUAUAUUGGCAAAGUACUUCAGUUUAGUCUAUAGGUGUUUCAUAAGUUCUAACAAUGUUUUUGCUAGUGAUACACUGGAAUUAAUCACAUUCUUAAUCAUCCAAAAGUUCACUUUAGUUAAAAAAGGCCAGGUAAGUUUGAGCCUAUGUAGUGAUAAACAAGUAGCAGUUAUAACAAGUGAAGUAUUACUAAUGGUGGCUAAAGAGCCACAGCUGACUUCAUUUUAGAGUGAAAUAUUAACAGUUCUGUUAAAAUUACUUUAACUGCUGCCUCAGAAGGAAGCUCAAGUAUCUUUUUUAAACACUCCUCGAAGACAAAAGAUAAUGACUUAGUAUACACUUUGAGAUCCGAGAGAGAGAGAGAAUGAGUGAGUGUAUUCAGGUUGAUCUUGCGUUUUAGCAGCAGGUAAAUACUUACCAUAAAAGCAGAUAGCACUAUAUAAAUCCUCCUGGAUCAUUAAGCCAUAAACACUCUGACAUUUUGUUUGUCCUGAAAAUAUUCAUAUUCGUACUUGAAAGGUAGAAAGGAGUUUGAUGACCACGCAAAUAAUGCCAGUGUCAUGGAAGUUUCUAUUUCACUUAGUUGGAAGAUGCAAAAGACUAGAUGUCAUCCUCUGGAUGUGUUGUGUUGAAUUAUUAGCACUCUUAGCCAAGUUGAGGUUAUGCUGCCUAGAUUUCUGGGAGUUGCCAUCCCAUCACAUCAGGGAGAUGCCAAGAUAGGGAAUAGUAAGUAUUAAUGUCCUGGACUUGAGAAUUUUAGCUAUGCCAGAAGAAAUCGAGUAGUAAAAUAAUUCAACCUGGGUGUAAAAACUGUUUGUGUCUUAAUAAAUAGUAGGAGAUGUUAUGGUCAUACUGGGCAUUUAAAGCUUUUUCAGAUUGUUCUAAAUAUAGGAGAAUAAUUAUAAAUAGAGAAUGGAGGCUUACAAAAAUUUAUUCAUUUCUUUUCAUUGAAAAUUAUUUUUAUCAAUUAUUUACUCUUCUGGUACAUUAUAAAGAGGCUUAUCCUUGGUGAUUAAGGCUGUUGUACUUCCAAGAGCUUCUGAUGAGUUUCAUUUUCUACUUUUAGCUCACAUACAAUAUUAGCAGUAAGAACCUGAUAUUUUUAUAGAUAAGCAGAGCAUGCAUGUCCUGUUGAAAUCUUAAGAUGUGCAUAAAACUCUUUCAGUUGUCUUAUUGUCUGUUGUUUUGUUUUGCAAAGUUGAAACGUUCACAGAAGCAGACUUGGAUCAUGCCAGGUACCAUAAAGGCAAAUGUUAAUGCAGUGUGUGAUGUCCCUGUUGAGAUGGGAUAAUUAAUUCAAAGCCAGGUGAUGACACAGGAAGUCUUAAUACUGGUUCUGUAAGCUUUGCAUUAAGCAUAUGCUGAUACUUUCUGCCUGUUGAAGUUUAAUGAGAGACAUGGGUGUUAUCCAUCAUUGUUGAACUUGGAAAUUUUCUUUUAAAGAAAUAAUCUCUCUGCUGAGAUGAUAAUAAAUAAACAUAAAUAAAUAAAUAAAAAUGAUAAUAAACAGUUUAUUCACUGUUCCCAUGAAUAGAUCCAGUCUAGGACAUUUCAAGUGAUCACACUGUGAAUUGAAGAUAAUAAAUGUUUCAUAAAACUGAUAUGUAUUUAAAUAAUAUAUAAGUUACAUUGGAAUAUAUAAGUUACAUUGGAAGCCUUUAAGAUAUAAGAAGCUGAUUAUAUAGUAAAAAUUAAUACUAGCUUUUGCUGUUUUUCUGUAACUUGUCAAGUGCAACUUUUAUGUCCUUCAUAGAUUUUCCUGAAUCCCCCCAUUUCUAUGUAUUUGUACUUUGAAAAAAAUAAAUUUAGUCUUUGAACUGCU